AUCGCGUCUCCCAAACGCGACUCGACCUGAAAAUCUCAACACUUGCACCCAUUAUCAGAAAUCAACGAUACAAUCAUGGCUUCGCCACACCGCCCACCUCUUGGUGUGAUUACUAGCAAUUCGAUCAUCGCUCCGCCCGCAGCCUCUACCCUCUCCAAACCUGCAUCCAACAAGCGCAAAGCCCCCACCGAGAAGCCGAAAUACGACAUCGACGAUGACAUCUGCCAAAGCGUCACCAUCUCCUGCACCGCAGUCCGGAACAAGAUCAAACAGUUUGUCGAUAGCGGAGAGAUGAAAGUCGGAGAGUUCCAGAAGGCGAUUGGAGCGAGUAGCAGCACAUACAGUUCGUUCAUGAAGAAGACGGGCACGAUGGAUGGUGCAGGCUCAAGCGUCUACCGCAACGCAUUUGCCUUCUUCAAACUGCGGGAACUUAAUGGGGAGAAUCGGAAGAAGAAGGUUAAGGCUGGAGGGGAUGGGGAGAGUAAGAAGAAAGAGGCAGAAGGGGAAGAUUUCAAGGGCUUGAUAUUGGAAGGCGAGGAAGAGGGCGAGGUCCCUGUUUUCGAUAGCUGUGAGGAGGUGAGGAGGAAGAUCAAUCAGUAUCUCUCGAAGAGCGGGAUGAGUAAAGCUGCUUUUGGGCGGGAGAUUGGCAAGUUAUUUGGGGGAGAGGAGGAGAAGAAGAUUAGUGGGGGGUCGGUGACGCAGUUUUUGGCAAAGAGAGGCCCGAUGGCGGGGAACACGACCGGUGUUUAUUAUGGUGCUUAUGUCUUCUUUGAGAAGAUUAGGGUGAGGGAUGGGAAGCCGAUGACGGAGCAUAGAGAGGUUAUGGAGGAUGUCUGGGAUGGGUGUGAUCUGAGGUUCUGGAGAAAGGAGGGAGUUGAUCGGAGCAAGGUCAUUGAUCGGAUAGAGUACAUUACUCUUGUUGGUGGACCGGAUGUAUAUCAAGAUGAGUACGGUAAACCUGUUAUGGGUUGGUAGAUUCGGUUCAUUGGGGUGUUGGAGACUUUUUCUUGCUUCUGGUGCUGGGCUAGCUUCUGAACGGCUGAGACAGAUUGUACGAUAUUGUAAUAUCUCACUUCCCUUUGC